AGGAGUGGGAGGCAGGCCGGCAGGCAGGCGGGCGGACUGACGGGCUGACGGGCUGACGGAGUCGCAGGCGGGUGGCGGCGGCCGUGCUCGCGCGUGAGGGCGGGAGCGAGUGAGUCACUGAGCGUGUGUGAGGCAGGGAAGGAGCGAGCAGCGGGCGAGCCGAGCAGCCCGCGCCGCCCGCACGCAGCAGCACCGCCGAGCCAGGCCCUGCCGCCGCCACCCCGCCACCCCUGCGCCGAGGCCGGGCCGAGCCGAGCCGAGCCGGGUCGCGCCCGGGCCAUGCUGCUCACCGUGUACUGUGUGCGGAGGGACCUCUCCGAGGUGACCUUUUCCCUCCAGGUCGACGCCGACUUCGAGCUGCACAACUUCCGCGCGCUGUGCGAGCUCGAGUCGGGCAUCCCCGCAGCCGAGAGCCAGAUUGUUUAUGCUGAAAGACCGCUAACUGACAACCACAGAUCACUGGCUUCCUACGGCUUAAAAGAUGGGGAUGUUGUGAUUUUACGACAGAAGGAGACUGCAGAUUCUCGUCCUUCAGUACAGUUCCCAAACUUACCCCGAAUAGACUUCCGUAGUAUAGCUGUACCUGGCACUUCAAGCUCCCGGCAGCGUCACUCGCAAGGAGUACAUCAGUCCCACUCAUCUCCUGGAGAAAUAGCUUCAUCUCCUCAGGGCUUGGACAAUCCAGCCUUACUUCGAGACAUGUUGCUGGCCAACCCCCAUGAGCUGUCCUUGCUGAAGGAACGAAAUCCACCGUUGGCAGAUGCCCUGCUCAGUGGAGAUCUUGAGAAAUUUUCUAGGGUUCUGGUGGAACAGCAACAAGAUCGAGCCCGGAGAGAGCAAGAAAGGAUUCGUCUCUUCUCUGCUGAUCCUUUUGAUCUUGAAGCUCAGGCAAAGAUAGAAGAAGAUAUAAGGCAACAGAACAUUGAGGAAAACAUGACAAUAGCUAUGGAAGAGGCUCCGGAAAGUUUUGGCCAAGUAGUGAUGCUUUAUAUUAACUGCAAAGUGAACGGACAUCCUGUGAAAGCCUUUGUUGAUUCAGGUGCCCAGAUGACUAUUAUGAGCCAAGCUUGUGCUGAAAGGUGUAAUAUAAUGAGACUGGUAGACCGCCGCUGGGCAGGAAUUGCCAAAGGAGUGGGCACCCAGAAGAUUAUUGGAAGGGUACAUCUAGCUCAGGUUCAAAUUGAAGGAGAUUUUCUGGCAUGUUCCUUCUCUAUACUUGAGGAGCAACCCAUGGACAUGCUUCUGGGAUUGGACAUGCUGAAACGGCACCAGUGUUCCAUUGACCUCAAGAAAAAUGUCCUCGUGAUCGGCACCACAGGCUCACAGACCACCUUUCUUCCUGAGGGAGAGUUACCAGAGUGUGCCCGGUUGGCAUAUGGGGCUGGGCGAGAGGAGAUGCGGCCAGAGGAGAUCGCAGAUCAAGAAUUAGCAGAAGCUCUUCAAAAAUCUGUAGAGGAUGCAGAGAAAAGUGGUAAAGAAACUACCUCACCGGGAAUGUCAUCAUUACCAACUUCAGAUGGAUCUAACCAUCUAGCCCAUCCUUCAGGACUGAGUCCUGAGAUUGGUGAUCCUGAGAGUUUUUCUCACUCUAACUCUGCCUCUGUCUGCCCUGCCAAGCCCAGGGACCCAGAUAGCAUCGAACUGAAGGCUUUAAAGGCUUUAAAGGCUGCAGCUGAAUCCCAGAUAACUUCUGAAAAGAACGAACAUCUUCCUUUGCAGGGUCUUUCUGACUACGUUUCUUCAGCAGUCAGUGCUGCCCAAGACCAGAGUCCAGCUUUGCCUUUGCAGGAUUCAUCUGACGAUGCUAUUGUCACAAAUAAUAUGGAGAAAUCUUCUGCUGAAAAAAGUACCCAGGGCCUCGACUCUCAUCUCCAUGUGAGACAGGAAGCUGUCAUAACUAUUGGGAUGCAAACAACACAGAGGUUUUCAGGUCAAAAGGUUUGGUGUCCAGAAGAUCAGAGCCUGAGUGAAAUGAAUGGCCUUCAGCAACCCACAGAACCAGGCUGUGAACAGCUUGAGGUUGUACAACAGAAAGUACCACAUGACCAAGAACAUCUGUAUAACACUGGUAACUGUGAGCUUCCUAGAGAACAGCAACAGAAUGAACAAAAAGAUGUUGAUAUAGAAACUACUGUGAAAGGAAACAGGCUGGAGCAGAAUGUGGACCUUCCAGGUAUAGAGAAAAAUACUCAAUUGUUAGGAUGCUUUGACUGCUCAGAUUCAGAAACAGUUAUGGAUGUAGAGAUGGUUGAACAGUCCGUAGUUGUUCUGCGUAAUUCAGCGAGGAGUCAGAAUGCUAAUGUCAAGAAUAUUGGCCCAUCUGAUCUUACCUUAGAUAAUCCCUUGAUGGAAGUAGAAACAUCAAAGUGUAACCCUGAAAUUUUGAGUAAUUCCAUUUCCUCUCAGGAUUUACAGGUCCCAGAACGUAAUGUUGAAAUGUCCGGAAUCGAUAAAGAAUAUGAUCAUUGCUCCCUCUCUAUAGGUCACUGUGGCAGUUGUCAGCCAUCUGUGCAAUCAACAGAAGAAUCUUGCUCAUCUAUAACAGCAGCCUUGAAGGAACUUCAUGGACUUUUGGUCAUUAGUAAUAAACCAGUUUCAGAAAACACAUAUGAAGACGUUAACUGUCAAUCAGAAAUAGGUGAGGGACAAACAGCUUUUAAGGACCUUUCUGAAAGAUGGACCCAAAACGAGCAUCUUAGAGCAACUCAGCAUGAACAGUACUCACAGGUCUCUUUUCAUCCGACUGUGUCUGUGUCAGUGAAGACAGAAAGGUUAACAAACACUUCAAAUAGUGUUGGAAUAGAGGAUGUAGAGAAUAUUGACUUCAGGGGUCCAGAUGAUGUGUUGUUAGCUGAGGAGGAAGGCAUCCCCGACUCUAAGGAAUCAGUAAAUGAGAGCAGUUCUGUCACCCGAGCCUCAGCCAAGACAUCUAAUCAGUUACACUGCACCUUAGGUGUAGGAAUUUCGCCCAAACUUUUAGUAGGUGAAGAGGAUACACUUAAUCAGAUUUCCGAGCAAACUAAGUCCUUAUCGUCCAGUUUCAUAUUGGUUAAGGAUCUGGGUCAUGGCACACAGGAUUCAGUGACAGAUAGACCUGAAGCCAGAGAAGAUGUUUGUCCUGAAGCUGCAGGACCACUGCUUGAAUUCGAACCACCUACCAGCCACCUAUCAAGUCCCUCCAUUCUUCCACCAUUAAUUUUUCCUGCUACAGACAUUGACCGGAUUCUUCGUGCCGGCUUUACUUUGCAGGAAGCUCUUGGGGCUUUACAUCAAGUCGGUGGAAAUGCAGACCUUGCACUUCUUGUUUUGUUAGCAAAGAACAUUGUAGUUCCUACAUAACCAUGGAAAAAGUGGGCUAGACUGUACUCCAUUCCCUGGGGAGGGAAAAAUUACAUACAAACACACACACACACACACUCACCACAUAUACAGUAUAUGUAGAAACUUGCAAGCAGAAUGUUGAGCCAGAUUUUUUUAAGGGUUUUUUGUUUGUUUGUUUUUGUUUUAUUGGCCAAAGUAAUUUAUGAUCUCUUGUCUGAUGAAUCUGUCUACUUGUUAAAAUUUGGGCCUUUUUUUAAUGUAUUGGCAGUAUGUGCAUACGAAAGCUUUUUAUUCUCAUUAAGAUGAUGUAUUCUGGAAUAAAAUUAAUGAUUUUAUGUACAGCAUACAAUUUUAGAAUGAGAGUGAAUGCUUUGAGAAGCAGAGGCUAUGUCAAAUCCCACCACCGUGCAGCUAAAAGCAGACCAGUUCCACAAUUCGGGUGACUGUACUUUAGGCAAGGUAUGACUUAACUGAGUUGUCAGUUUGCGAAGUUUUGAUCACAUGGCUUGGUGUUUUUAGUUAUACCCAGUGGUCUGUGUAUUAAUGACAGUUACAACAGGGAAUUGAAAAAUAGUUGAAUAUCUCCUAUUGUGUACAUUUUUACUCAUGUGGUUAAGAUUUGACAUUUUAAUGGGAUUGGGGGUUUGAGCAUCAUGGAUGGUUGCAUGGAUUGCCAGAUACCUGGGUCAGAUAUGUGAGGGAAUUAACAUUAGUGUGAAGCAUGAUGCUACCCAGAUUAAAAAGGGGAGGGGGGAAGAAUUCACAAACGUCUCAGUAAUAUUUCAAGAACUGAGUGAAAAAUAAUGGCCUAAAAACACUGGAAUUUACUGGAGAUUGGGUCUGCUAGCAUCUCACUGAUCACACCUCAACUCUUAAUGACAGAUGAUGUCCUUUAAAGUUUAGCUAAUGGAUUGACUGCCAGCAAUGUAUUUCCUUUCUAAAUUCAUCUUCUCCAAAGUUCUAGAUCAGCUGAGCUGCUAUUAAAGUGAAAUACUGAAGCAUGAUAACCUUGACACUGUUGCUCUUGGUGCUUGGAAUGGUCAGUCUUAUGGCUUGGUGUCCUUCAUGGCAAUGGAAUAAUUGCAUGUUCUGACUCAAGUGACCUUGGUAGAGUUUCCAUCCCUUUCUUUCCUCAGGAGUUUCUUUUUUAAGCAAAAGUGUCCUAUUUAUGUUUACUAUGUCAAGUUAGAGUGGGGCUUAGUAUAUAGAUGUAUUUAUUGUGGCCUUUUUUUAUAUGAGGACUAGCCCUUGGAAACCAGUGUCCUAAAGGGCCCCACUGUGCAAUAAUCCUUCUGGAUUGACUUUAGAUAAUUUUUUUCCCCUGGGAAAAAAGCUCUCACAUACCUAGUCUCAAAUGCCUGUAGUCUUGGCUUUUUGGAAAAGAAUGUUGAGAGAAAAUUCCUUGAUUCCAGGAUAACAGUUUGCAGUGUAUUCGAAAUAUCUAAAAGGUGAUUUCUGAGCUUAGUGUUUUAAUUAUUUUGUUGAAAGUCUGACUCUGUAAAUUUUGUUCUUCCCAUCAAAAUAUAAGUCACUGAGCACAAUAGAAAUGAAGGCUCUUUAUCUCAGGAGUUUUUGAAAUUUUAAUUUUGGAAGGCAAUUAGAAAUAUUUCUUCUAUUCUAACUUUUUUUGCUAUGAUGUUUGUAUAAAGUUGUUACGAGACUUGUGAUAUGACAGAAAGUCACAUUAGAUUCAUCAUGAUGCUUUGAAAUUCAGAAAUGGUUGACAGAAGGAUUUACUUUACUGUUUUCAAAGGGGGGGGCACUCAACAAUUUAGUCAGAUUGUCCUUAAAGUUUCUUUUCGACAGUCACAUAUUGUAGAUCCUGUUGCCUGCCCUACACCAAAGAUAAUAAGAUGCACUAGAAAACUGCUCACGGGAUUUCUGUCAGCCAACUCUUAGAGCUGUGAUUGUCAUUAAGUAGUUGGUGCUAUGACUUAAGUAAAAUCUAGUAGCAAUGCAGUGGGCCCCUGUAUUUGCUUUAUGGAUGGUGCUAAUUCAUCCUGAGGUUACCGAUCCUGAGGGCUUUGGACUGGGGAAUGUAUCAGUGACAGUAGAAGGCCUUCUGUAUAAGCAGUGUGGCCACUACUUGAAGAUGUGAGAUACAAUAUCAGUGGAGGAUAGAAUAUCUGUUUGGGGAAAGGUUUCAUUAUAACAGCUUUUUGUGUAUGUACGUGUAUAUUUAUUUUUAGGGAAAAAUGAUUAGGCAUUUAGUUGUACAUGUAUUCUUAUUAGGAAUACUUUGGGUGAACCCACUUGCCAAAUAUAUUUUCCCUUUUUCUCAUUUUUAAUGUAUAAAAUUGCUCUUGAUUUUUUUAAAGUUUCACUUUAAGCUGUUGACAUUAUUAGGAUUUUGAGUAAUUUUUAAAUUGUCAGUUCUAGAACACGGGGGUUAAUAAAGAACAUGACUUGAGUGGC